AUGCCUACCUUUUCGCGUGCUUGUUCGACCCUCAUCCUUGGCUUUUCCUGCCUUGCCAGCGCUCUAGAUCCAAGCUGUGCGCCGGGAGGAAACUUCAAUCUCAAACCAUGGAUGCUCCAGCUCCCCAUAGGCAGUACCGGCAAUCCCACCACAAUCAGCAGCUCCCAGCUCCAAGGCUGCUCCGGCUACCAGGACAACGGCCACCACUAUUUCUUCACAGAGAGUGGCGAUGGCGCCCUGGUCAUGAAGGUCCCCGGGUCACCGGCCAGCUCGGGCUGCGUGACGACCGCACACAGUACGCAUUGCCGCACCGAGCUGCGUGAAGCGAACCCCUCGACCGGCGGGGCGGCGAGUUGGCAGCCCAGCAGUUCCAGGAACAGACUCGCGGUAACCCUCGCAGUCACGGUCCCAGAUAACAGCGGCCACGGCACAGUCAUUGGCCAGAUCCACAUCGACGACAGCGUGUCCGUAAAGCCGGUCUGUGAGCUCUAUUACAACAAGGCUGGGAAUGUGGUCAUGGGCGUCGAACAGACCACCGACGGCGGCAACUCAAUCUUCACCUCAAUCGGCAACAUUCCCGUGGGGCAGACAUUCUCAUACGAAAUCCGGUAUGAGUCAAAUGUACUCAGCGUCAGCCUCAACGGAGGCGCCCCACGGGAGCUCGACACCUACGAGCUCAACAGUCCGCCCAGUUAUUUCAAGGUUGGGAACUAUAACCAGGGAGACAGCCCCUCUGAUGUACACUUCUUCUCUAUCGACGUGCAGCAUUGA